GCGGAUAGAGAGACUUUCAUCCACAGCCUCCCCUUGGUUUCACUUUUUCUUUCUGAAGAAUAUAUACCAUCUCUUUCUCUGGGAUCGAUCUACCGAGCUUGCUAUAUUGCAUGGCAGCAACCAGUUCCAAGGGGCGAGCGAUCGCUGAAAGCUUUGGGAAGCGACUAGCGAAUCAGAUCUGGGCCGGAAAGCCUCGUGAUCCAUCUCCGUUCUCCAUCGCCAGGAGGGCGUCGCACUCAUCUUCGCACUACGACAAGGAGGUAGAGGAGCACGUGAGGCCGGCCGUGGUGCCGGACCAUGUAAUUAACGCCAGUUCAGACAAGUACUGGGGCCCACACCCAACCACCGGUGUCUUCGGCCCUGCCGAUCUGAACGGCGCCGCUGGUCUCCGCCAUCUGCCGGCGGCCGGGAAUGGUGGCUCGUCGGCGCUGGAUCAGACCGUCCGGUUCCGCCCCCUCGAUCUUGAGGACCUAGAUAAGUCUCAAAACGUUUAAACCCUCGUGGGACGGUCACUGUUCUACUCCCAAUUAUAAUAUCUUUAUGCAACCAGUAUUAGAUAAAUAAAUAAGCCAGGGAGUAGAGUGAUGUGUAACGUGUACUCUAUCAUAAGGUUGUGUUGGGCUAUGUGUGCCCUUGAUUAUCCCGGCAACUGCUUGCUGUGUAAUGUAACUGAUAUAGUUCUGUUAAUAUAUUAUGGCUUAUAUGUCCGGAGUUGGGUA